AAAAUAAUAAUAACUCCGAAAGGUCACCAUUCAUUCGUCCGAAUUCCACUUGUAAAUUUGAAUGGUGAAUGGUCCGGGGAUACCAACGCACACAUCUUGGUCUACUCUGGCAAUUGACAUCUGCUCGGCAUACGUAUACGUAUAAUUGUACCUUAUCUGGUCUACUUCGAGACGAGGGAAAACUCAUCAUGUACUCACUCUAUCGUAAGUACCAGCGACCAAAAACAUGCCAUCCAUGUACAGUAUUCAUAGGCUGUGCAUCUGAGUGGGCAGCAAGUUGCGUCACGGAGUAGUUUU